AUGUCCACUUCGACGUUUGACGCACACGUCGUCCUCGCGUGCCAGAACACGCUUGGCGAGGGCAUCACAUGGGACGACCGCACGCAGCGUUUACACUGGGUCGACAUUGACCGUGCCGAAGUACACACCUACGACCCGGCCACCAAAACCCACGCGGCCGCGCAUUACCCCGAGAGCGAGUUCAUGUCCGCCCUCGCGCCGCGCAAUGGACCCGGCUUGGUGGCAGCAACAGAAGCGGCAGUUGUACUGAUCGACCCGCCCUUCCCCUCUCCUUAUACAGAGGAAAACUCGACUCGGACCAUUAUCAAGCCGCUCGACCCCGCACAUGUCGAUGACAAGCUCGUGCGGUUUAAUGAUGGGGCGUGCGACGCGAAAGGACGGCUCUGGAUCGGGUCCAUGACCCGUCCGGAGAAACGGGAUGGUACACAGAGAGGGGAACUAUGGCGGGUUGAGCCUGAUGGCACGGCGAGCCGUUUCUUAGAGGAAGUGGGGACGAGUAAUGGGAUCGACUGGAGUCCGGAUAACACACGGAUGUACUACAUCGACUCGAACGUCAACGAGGUCAGCGUGUUCGACUACGACCUCGAGGCCGGCGUGGCCUCCAACCGCCGCCAGUUCGUCCCGGCCCUGCCUGGACCCAACGGCAACGCACCAGGCGUGUACGACGGGCUAGUUGUCGAUGGCGUCGGCAACGUGUGGGUCGCGCGGUGGGGUGACUCCCGCGUCGUCGUCUUCUCGCCUGACGGCAAGCUGCUCGCACAAGUCAACACGCCUGGCGCACGCUCGCCGACCAUCCCCUGCUUCGGCGGACCAGAUCUGCGCACACUGUACAUCGCAACGGCGAAUGCCAACCUCGCCGGCCAAGGCGAUAUUCAGGCCCAGUUUCCAGAGUCUGGAAACGUAUUCGGGUUCGACUGUAGUUCCAUGGCCGGCGUUCUCGGGCCCGAUUGGAAGGGCCGGGUGCGCCACCGGUUCGGGGGAUAA